CUUUGUUUGUUCUAGAGGGGAAUUAAAUGCAGUUGUAACUCACAUUAUCUAAGUAUUUUCAAAGAGUCAUCGUGGAUGCUUUAGGCAGGAACUAAUUCCAGUAGUAGUCUUGCUACUAAUGUCAAGAGACCUCUGACUUAAGAUCGCUUCUUUUUAACACUCUUUUGAUGCUAACAGCUCAGUUUUCAUUUAAAAUCCCAAUAAAACACAUGAAUAAAGUGUAAACAUUUUUACACUUUCCACUCCCUUGUUCCUCUUUAACAGAGCAAGGCAGAUUGUUUCUCAGACUGAACGUUUCAAUGGAUGACAAGCAGAUUUUCAGAGGGAUGACUGGAGACGGGAAGGAAGAAUAUGACGAAAUACUGAAGUCCCGGUAUUCACAAACCAUGUCGUCAGAGUCGGACGCGGAAGCUGCGGAUCGAACGGGAUCUUUUACUGAAGUCAACAGUAUGUCAGGACACAUUUCCACUGAGGACAUGGAGCUGUCUUCACCUGAAGUCUCUGUGAUUGCAUCACCAAAUCAGACAAGAAAGGAGACUACAGUGGAACAUGAUGUGCAGAUUCACUUCAAGAGUGGAUUGACCACAGCUGUGUACGUCUGCAGCCCAUGUUCUGUGGAGGGACACCAGCCGAAACCUUUACAUUCCCUGCUGCCACCCUUCAAGGAGAUCCGCAAACUCCCUGAUGUGAGCCAAACACUGACCAAAACCAGAGUUCAAGACAGCCUGAAAACCUCGUCAGCUAACACCGAGCCAGGUGGAAGUGACCUGUGUGCUGCCAUCCUGCUGGGCUGCCUCUUCUGCCGGCCCGUGGACUGUCUAACGGAGACCUUCCGAGGGUGCACCGUGUGCUUCUGCUGGCUGUGCUCGUCGCUGUUCGGCUGCGAGCCCGGCGCCCUGCGGUCUCUCCUGGAGUUCACCCGGACCUGCGGUCCGUGCUCGUGUGCCGGCGCGCGCCGCUUCCUGUGCGACUGCGCCGGCUGCGACGUCUGCUUCCCGGUCACGGAGUGCCUGGACCUCGCCAUGGAAAUCUCUCAAAUGCUCCACCACUGAUGCGCCGCGUCGAAACAGAGGAGGCAGACAGGAGUUGAAGAAAGUUGUUUAUUUGUUAAAAUUUUA